AUGGCUGCCGAGAUCCCUACCUGCAGGUGGGGAAUAGUGUCCACGGGCCUCAUCUCUUCUUGGUUCGUCGAAGAUUUGGUUCUCGACCGCCCAGACGCCAAAGCAAAGCACAUCAUCCAAUGCAUCGGAUCGUCGUCGAUGCAAAAGGGCAAAGACUUUGCCGCAAAACAUUGCCCAAGUGCAACACCGACCAUUUAUGCUUCAUAUGACCAGGUCUACUCCGAUCCGGACGUGGAUUGUGUCUACAUAGGGACUCCGCACUCCUUUCACAAAGGCAAUUGUCUCGAUGCCAUUGCCGCGGGGAAGAAUGUUCUGUGCGAGAAGUCGUUCACCAUCAACGCCCGCGAGGCGCGAGAGGUGCUUGAUGCUGCAAAGAAAAAGGACGUCUAUGUCCACGAGGCAAUGUGGCUACGGCAUCGACCUCUCGUGGCCCAGUUGAGGAAGCUGCUCUUUGAGGAUCAGGUUAUUGGGGAUGUCUUCCGUAUGUCCUCCGACUUCAGCCUGCUGGUUCACAUCCCUAGCCUGCCAGACACCUCCCGGUAUAAAGACCCUAAGCUCGGGGCGGGGACGCUGCUGGAUACCGGCAUCUACCCUCUAACAUGGGCUUUCCUGGCCCUAGAUCCCAACACCCCUGCAAACUCGGAGAGGCCAAAUAUCCUUGCAACGCAAAGCCAUCUGCAUGGAGUUGAGGUCACCUCGAGCAUCUUGGUACAGUAUCCGUCGACGGGAAGGCAGGGAAUCGUCAGUUCCACUACCAUGUCGGGUGGCAUGGGUGAUGUGGUGUGCCGUAUCCAAGGUACAGACGGGUACAUCGACGUGCAUGGCGCAGCACCGUCGCACCCUUUGUCCUUUACGGUCCAUCGACGGAAAGAGCACUCCAAAAAUGACUUUGAAAGCAAGCACUACGACUACCCUCGAAUCGGCCGGGGGUUUUUCUACGAGGCAGACAAUACUGCCCUCGACAUUGCCGCGGGCCGAAAAGAGAGUGAGAUUAUGCCUUGGAAGGAGACGAUCCGUGUGAUGGAGAUAAUGGACGAGAUCAGAAAGCAAGGAGGAACAAAGUACCCUCAGGAUGAAGUGUUGGGAGGGAUGAGCAUCGGGUCGUCGGCCUCGUGA